AUGUGUUCAGUGUUUCAAUGCUGUGGUGAUACAUUUCCGAGGCUUGCAUUGAUGGUGAUGCUGCCACUGCUGACGACGACAAUCGUUAGCUGCGAUCAGAUAGCGCUUACGGAGCAACUACCAACCGUAAUGGUGGCGGUGUUGGUACGGAAUAAAGCGCACACGUUGCCAUACUUUUACACGUACUUGGAAGAACUCGAUUAUCCGAAAGAUCGGAUGGCGUUAUGGAUUCGAUCCGAUCAUAAUGAGGAUCGCAGCAUUGAAAUAACCAAAGCAUGGCUGAAAAGAACCUCCGCACUGUAUCAUAGUGUAGAUUUUAAGUACCGCACCGAACAAGGUAAGCGAGAAAGUGAGAAAACCAGUACUCACUGGAAUGAGGAACGGUUCAGUGAUGUGAUCCGUUUAAAACAGGAAGCACUACAAACUGCGCGGACGAUGUGGGCAGAUUUUAUAUUCUUUCUCGAUGCUGAUGUAUUUUUAACGAACAGCAACACACUAAACAAACUGAUCGACCGGAAGCUGCCGAUCGUGGCACCGAUGCUGGUAUCGGAUGGAUUAUAUUCGAACUUUUGGUGUGGUAUGACAUCGGAUUACUACUACCAGCGGACAGAUGAUUAUAAGAAGAUUCUGAACUACGACCAAGUUGGUCAGUGGCCAGUGCCGAUGGUCCAUACAGCUGUGCUGGUUAACCUUAAGAUUGCUCAAGCUCGCCAGCUAACGUUUGAACGGAAAAAUCUUCCCUCCGGGCGGUACGAUGGUCCGGUGGAUGAUAUUAUAAUUUUUGCCAUGUCCGCAAACUAUUCAGGAAUUCCGAUGUACGUGUGUAACGAGCUACUGUACGGAUACAUUAUGGUACCGCUGGAAGCGGGAGAAACUGUGCCCGGAAAGGAUUUGGAACAGUUGACCAACGUGUUGAGUUACAUCGUAAAUGAGUAUGGGGAGUUCAAGCUAAAGCAGGAUUUGAGUAGAUUCGUUCCCGAUGUUCCCAAAGAUAAACUUUCACUUUCCCACAUCUAUAUGAUCAAUCUGGAUAGACGGAUGGAGCGGCGAACGAAAAUGAUGAAACAUUUCGCGCUGCUUGGACUAGAUGUGGAACACUUUCCGGCCGUUGAUGGCAAGCAGUUAAGCGAUAAGAAAGUGCAUGACAUGGGAAUACACUUCCUGCCCGGUUAUGCCGAUCCAUUUCACAAACGACCGAUGACCAUGGGUGAAAUUGGAUGUUUUCUGAGCCACUACAACAUCUGGGAGCGAAUGGUUCGUCUGAACCAACAGGAGGUACUCGUACUGGAGGAUGACAUUCGAUUUGAACCAUUCUUCCGACGUCGCGCUUACAGUGUGCUGGCCGAUGCUCGUCGCAUCGGUGGUUGGGAUUUGAUCUAUUUCGGUAGAAAACGGUUGCAGGAAGAGGAUGAAAAAUGGAUCGAAGGAUCGGAGAGUCUGGUAAAGGCAGGCUAUUCCUACUGGACACUCGGGUACAUCAUUUCGCUUGAAGGUGCGAAGAAACUAUUACGCGAACAACCACUAGGAAAACUGCUUCCAGUAGACGAGUAUUUACCAAUCAUGUUCGAUAAUCAUCCCAACAAUAGCUGGGCGGCUCAUUUCCGUGAUCGUACGUUGAACGCGUGGAGUGCGGCACCGUUAUUGCUUUAUCCGACGCACUACACGGGAGAUGAAGGAUACAUCUCCGACACGGAAGAUUCAGCCCGGAUCGAUGGAACGUUACCGACGAUCGGUACCAGCAAGAGUAGCCCUGGGAUGGUUAACGAUACACGCGACGGUGCACAAGUGCAACCUAGCGAACCAAAGAAAGGCGACAAGGAACAGUUACCGAAUGCACCGUCAUUGUUGGCCGAUUCCGGCAUCGGGCAGGGUGAGCAUGAUCUGGAGACGAAGAAUAGACGCAGUGAGCUAUAG